UCAGGCCCUGAUGUGGGUCAUUGACCUGUGCUCUGGUGGGCUAAUCCAGUAAAAAAAAAUAGACUAGAAGGAUGAAACUCAGCAAAAGCGUACUGAAUACUAAAAUAACAUUUAUAUAUCCCAAGUACUAAGAGUUGGAGUUCUGUGAAAAAAGUUUAGAGCUGUUCAAGAAACUGUACGAGAUACAGAUUGAUAAAUCUAAAAAUUAAAACAAAAUAAUAAUAAUAAUAACUACUUUUGCAUUGAACAUUCAUCCCAAUAAAUAGUUUCAGUAAAUUAUGUAUUUAUUUUCAGCCGCGAAGGUAUUCACAUCAUGUUAACAUGCAGAUGCUGUCAUAUUGAUAAUACUAAUUUAGUACUCUAGAAAUGCAAAUACAUGUACAGUCAGCCAAAAAUCCAGCAACCCCACCCUGAGUCUCUUACUGGCAAUAAGAAAAAUUCCGUGACGAAAGGGAAUUUUGAGGGUGACUCGAGGAAAUUUGGCCGAGUAAACUGGCAACACUGGUUGGGCCGAGAGGCCCGAGACGGCAGGUACAAAAGUUGGCAGUAUGGCUCCGACCGUUGUGAUGUGUGGAGGUGUAUUACGAUCUCAGUCCAGUUCAUCUUGGCGAGACAUCUGGACUACUACGUAACUUGAGCAAUAAGUACAGUGCUACUAAUAUGCGUAGACCAUGUCUUGUUCAAGGAGCACAGUGACAUUACUGAUAAGCUGACGCAACUGUAUAAACUUGGUAUACUGUUCAUAUCCCAAAAACGCCGAUUUUUCGAAAUUUAAGGAGCUGCUUGUUUUGUUAUACAUAUUUUAACAAGUAAACUAUUCGUCCUUCAGAUGAAUAAUACAAAAACAUAAAUAACGAUUUGACUUCAUGGCAAGGGCGUGAAACUCGACAAAAUAACAACCCUUGAUGAACGAGUCAAGUGCAGUAGUUAGUAAAACCAGUUGAGUGUGCAUAUAUUAUGUGACAACGAAAUGCUUGUUUGCUAUGGGUAAAAGGAAAUAUUUCAUGAAAAGUUACACAGUGUAUUGUUAUAAAAAAUAACAGAAUCUCAACGUUGGUAUUUACAAAAGUACAGCGAGCCUGGUUUGUUUACUGUUUGAAAUAAGUCGUUAAACUGUGGAAGUUGACCAUUAUUUGAAGUGCAGAUAAUUGAGGCUAACAUUAGGUACAGUCUUGUACACCUAAGAAAAAUAAUAUUUAUAUGGUCUCACAUUCGAUACUUAUGGUCGAUUAAUUUUAAUUUAAUCUAUUAGGGAGACUGACUGUCAUGGGUUUGGGAAGAAUGGUGGUAAUUAUCAUGGUGCUGGUGUUGGCGGCCCGCUGUAGCAGCGUUGGUGGGUCAGGUCAUAGCGGCGAUGACGGCAUGGUGACGGCUGUGGCAGAGCCGCUGAUGGGGACUGUUAGGAUGCCUGCCCUCCCAUCGUCCUUCCCGAUUAUCGAGUUCACCGAUUAUGGUAUUCAGGGGCACCUCAUGCCUCCCAAAGAUCCCCGCCCUAACCAUCAUCUGGCUAAGGGCCGACAGGGGCAGCCUUACCAGCCUCCUAGCCAACAAGUUCAUGCAAAAAACACCUUCCUGGCCGGCUCCGUGCCCAUCAACGCCUACCACAACCCUACUACUGACCUCCUCUCCCGUUAUCCAAACAGCCCCUCACCCAACCCAUCUUGGUCCUCUCCAGGGGUAACCGGAGGCUUGCCAGGUAAAGAAAUGGAUUUACGUAUGUUGGGGACCUCUGAUAAGGAUGCUAGGCUCGGAGACUACGGUGGGGCGUCCACACAUAGGCUGGACUACACGCAAUACUUUGCAGAAAACGAUGAAGCUAAGCAGGGCACACUGGAGGCCGCUCUACACACACUAUGGACACACAGGACUGAUGCCUACAACACCAUGGAGGAGACAGGAUCUGCUGCCAUUAACCAUGCUUGGCUGGACGUCCUCAACACCCACCACCCAUACACCACAACUCACACUGAAGUCACACACAAGUAUAGUCCUCCUGGCAGCCCUACAAAGGAAUUGAGUUACUACCAUCAUAAUGAAGGGCCUAUUAGAGGUGUAGGCUCCACACCCAGACCUGGAAGUUACAAUCCAGGCAAAAAAAUUAAGAGUGGACAUUUACAACACCCUCUUCUUAUGGAUAGUCAUCGUACACACCCCACUCACUAUCGAAAUGGUGGGGGGCGUAGGACACACCCUGUAGUGGCACAACAGCCUAAAAGGAUACGGGGGAAGCCAGUGGAUCAUGUUGGCAUCGUGAUGCCUCCUGCAGGGAAUGGAAGGGUUCAGCCUGCAUCCAGACCUGGAGUAGGACCUAAAAGAAUUGGAGUCAUUCAUCCACCUGGUAGAUCAACAAGAAUAGGUCUAAAAGCUUUGCACCGCCAUCAACAGCCAUACUUGAAACGACCAAGAGGUUCCCAAACUUCUGUUCAGAUGGUCAGACGGCGACUACCAGUUGGCCAGGUGGGGAUUGCGGCACCUGGGGACAACCCUUUCUCCACAGCUUACCUCACCCCCAACAGCCAACACCCAGAGGCUCCACUGGUAGACUAUAACUCCCCAGACUUCUCUAAUUACGUGAAGUACCAGGAUUACGUUAACAUUGGACAGACCUCCUCUGUCAACCCUUCACUACUUGGUCCAAUAGCCCCAGUGACACAACUCGGUCAGCAAAACCUCAAACCAAAUGCAGAGACUGGUCUGACUUUUGCUGAAGCUGUAGAACUUGCAAACCUCCUGGGUGACCCACUGCAGAAGAAACUGCUCCUUGAUUCAGAUUUUAGAAAUAGUGCAGUAGGCAUGCUCCAGAAGCAACACCAACAGGGAGGUAGCGGAUGGAUGUAUGAGAUGGGUCAUAUGAUGUCUGAGGUGUCCAAGCAGCUACCAAGAAUUGACAAAGCUGUGACCACCAUGUCCUUCCUCGCCUUUGGUAUCUUCAUGGCUAACUUGGUGGUGCAAGCCAUAGCUAAUUCUUCCAUAAAUUCACUGCUGGGACGAGAGGAUUUGAGUGGUUUUAAUGCACUGCCACUAGAUUUUUCUUCCUUCCAACUUGACUUUGGAAGGUUUGAUCUGAAUCUUGGCCUUGAAAAUGACAAUCUUGACCAAGAUAAUGGAAUGUUAACAAAAGUAGCAGAUGUCAUCAGUCAAGUCUACUUUAGUCUUCAUGAAAUGGCCAGAGCUGGUGUGAUAAACAUGGUGUCUGCUUUAGGGCUGAGUAUACCUAAGACACGCACCUCUCCUGAGAUUGCUGACCUGGAGCCCGAGUGCCUGCAACGUCUGUUGUGUGAGGGUCAUCACGCUACCUUGCCUUACUUCCAGGACACAGUUCCUUACAGACUCCUACCCUUUUGGACGAUGGGUGUCAGUUGGUUGUCCGGAGUGUCCAGCAUCCCAAGGCUACUGGAGGAGCUGCGUGCAGAGAUUGCUGGCCAGCGAGGUCUGGAUUGCUUUUCGCUCUUUCCAGAAUGUAUGGACACCAUGAUAGUAGAUAAGCUCCUUUUACAAAUUGAAUCCGAGUUAGUAGAUACUAAAGGUGGAAUAACUGUAGGUCCUGCUGUGGAAACUAGCCAAGACAUGGCAGUUGGGGACAUAAGGUAUUCUAAUACUGAAAGUAUGAGUGAUGGUACUGAUACUAAUUUUGAUAAAGAUGGUAAUAUAGACUUAGCACCAAGACUAAUAACCCAUAGAGAUGAGUACAUGGGUAUGGUAUAAAAAGAAAACUGUAGAAAUAGUUAUACAAAUGGUACAGGUAUGUUAUUAUCUGAAGAUAUUGGAACUAGCCAGAUCACAAAAAUUUUCUGGUACAGCAAUAAAGUUUAAUGUUGUUUCGAAAAGUAACAGCAGAGCCAUUCAAGGAGGAUACGUGUUGAGGUUUCAUGAAAUUUGGUGUUAGUUAACCUGGGCAUUAAAUCCUUGCAAUUUCUAAGGUAUAUUUCAAUCCUCGGGUUAUGGUCUGUUUUCAAGGGAUUACGUUGCAUUUUUUAAAGAUAUGUUACUUUCAUACACAAUAUAGUCAUGUAUUAUUUAUUUAGCUUUCUUAAUUUCAGAGCUUGUAUCUGUGAGUCCCUUCUGUGCCACUAUAUGUACUUACUUUUUAUUUGUGGUUAUGUGACCCUUUUACUGCUAUCAGUACUGGCUUCUAGUGAUGGAUCUGAUCAUGCAAAAAAUAUGUAGCCAAGACCUUAAUCCAGCAUUCCCUUUGGGGGUACCCUUUUUCUCAGCAUAAGUUACCUUGUGUCUUCUCUGUUACACUUUUUGUGCUCCAACAAUACCUUCUAGUUGUGGUUCUAGCAGGAAGCUUCUUGGAAAACUGAAAAUGUUUGAUGAAGCUGAGCAUAGAAUAAAUCUAGACUUGCAAUCAAUUUUGCCUUAGCUUCAUGGUGUAAAAAAUAAGGAUA